CCCUUAUUAAUCAAUUUCUCAAAAAGUCACCUUUUUUUUAAAGAAUACAAUUUUGUCAGAGAAUAUUCAAAUUAUAAAUAUGCCACUAAAAAGUUAAGAUAAUUAACACUAAAUAUGGUUAGAAGUAAGAUAAUUGGUGGAUACGCAAACUUUAUUGCAAGGUAUCCAUUCAUUAAUGUAAUUAUUAUUGUUAUGAUUAUAUUAGGUUGUUCUAUUCGGGUUUGUUUACGUUACGAUUUUCCCAACUUUGAUGAUCCAACAAUUGGAUUUGAGACAAGAGGAACAAAGAUAAAAUCUCAAAUGAUAGCCGCCGAUCAUUUAAUAAAUAAAACAAAGUCUCAAAAAGUACUUUAUAGGAAGCCUUUAACGAAUGAGAAAUUCCAUGAUGAUAAUGAUUUUAGUAUGGAAUCGAUUCCACCGUCUUUCAACUUAGCAACAAAUAUUUCAACAAGCGAAGAUUCAACUUGUCUUCUUAAUUUGCAGAAAUUUUAUUGUAAUAUCUCUUAUUGUUGUUCAUUUAACAUUAAUCUUUAAAAGUAAUAACAAACUAAGUAACUUUUUAGAUAAUCCUUAUAAGAAAUAUCCUAAAUUUAUAUUUGCACCCGAAGCUGUGUUUAAUCGACAUAAUAUUGAUAUGUUUACAUCUGAUCAUAUAAAGGAUAUAUGCCUAUUUGAAGAUGAGUAUUAUAGAAAUACAAAAUACUAUGUUACACCGUUAUGCUAUAAUGUAACAACUAGACUUUCCUAUCCCUGUAAAUGUCGGGGACAUUCAAUUGCAGCCUAUAUGGCUGCUAUUAAAAAAAAAGAAUGCCUGCAAUUAACUCAAGAAGAUGUUAGUGAAGUAAAAGAAUUAUUUAAAUAUUGUGCUGAUUAUUACAGUAGCGGGCAAUUAGUUGGUGAUUGUUCGAAUAUAUCGAAUAGAACGACUUGUAUAAAUGUUCCUGUCGUUUGUCAAGAGGGAAAAACUGCUCUUGCUCUUUUUCAAAUAUAUCAUUAUCUCGUUGAUUCAGAUUAUUUAAAAAAUAACUCGGACAAAUUACAAUAUAUUCAAUAUAUUGGCUAUUCGUAUAAACCUAACUUUACCGAUAUGAGAAACUAUUAUAAAGAUAAUUUAGAGGUACCAAUCGAUCUCUUAGAUUUUAUCGGGUUCCGAAAGAUAAGGCUUGUUGGUUUGAAUUUAGGAAUAAAACAUGCAUUCUUUCAAGAAAUUGUAGUUAGAGAUGUACUGUGGACUGGAGUUGGAUUUUUUCUAGUAUUGAUUCUAAUAGCAGUAUAUCUUAAAUCAUCGAUAAUGAUGGUAGCUACCUUUCUUGAUAUUAUUUUUAGUUUUGUAAUUGGAUAUUAUAUCUAUCACGAUAUACUUGGUUUUAAAUUCUUUCCAUUUAUGAAUCUUCUCUCCUUAUCAACUUUGGUUGCGAUUGGCGCCGAUGACGUAUUCGUAUUCUGCGAUACUUGGCGGCAAGAGGAAAUGUUAUUAAGAAAUAGGAAUAUAUCUAAAUUACCUAUAUGGAAAUAUCACGCCAAAAUAAUAGAAAAUACCGUCGUUCAUGCUACAGUAGCUAUAUUAGUAACAAGCUUUACAACGGCGGCUGCUUUUUUCACUAAUUACAUAUCAGAGAUAUUGGCUAUAAGAUGUUUCGGAAUUUUUUCGGGGAUAGUAGUUCUCUCAAAUUUUGUAUUAAUGAUCACCUUUAUACCGCCAAUUAUGGUUCUAUCCAAAAAGUAUGGAAAUAGUUGUUUCUGUAGGUGUUGCGAUUCAAAUAGUUCAGUUAAUAAUAGUCCCCUGACGAGUCUUCGCGAAAAUUACUCAUUGAAUGAGUCUAACGCAAAAGACGAUAGUGCUAAUACAAAGAAAGAGUGCUGUCAACACUUUCCAGGUGAAAAUGGUAGAUGCUCAACCAAUCACAAUUCGAUUAAAGAAGUAAGAAGUCAACCGAAAUAUCGUUUUAGCAUUUCUAGUUGGAUAAGCCCUAAUCCUAAUCUAUCACUCUCGUCAGCUAAAAUUCAAGCUCUAAAGUGCAAAAAACUUUUCAACAAUUUCUUUGACAAUACAUUAUUUAACUUUAUUUCUAAAUAUCCAAAAAUCUUUGUAAUAGUCUUUCAAAUUCUUGGUUAUUUGGGUAUAUUUGUUGUAUUUGUCUAUCCAAAAUUAGAUUUACCCGAGACAGCUUAUGUACAGCUCUUUCGAAAAUCCUUUCCAAUGGAGGCAUAUGAAAAAGACAUUCAAUUCAAAUUUAACUAUGUCCGAGAACUAUUCGAAGGAUCUAAGAAGGGCUUCUCAAUUCACGUGAUAUUGGGAAUUGUUCCAACAGAUAAUGGCGAUCAUUUUAAUCCUAAAGAUAGAGGAUUCUUAAAAUUAGACGCCUCUUUUAAUUUUAAUGAUAAAACAGUAAGACAGUCUUUAAAUGAAUUUUGCAAAGAACUAAAAGCAGUUGAAUUUGCAACGAAAGAUUUAAAAUAUAAAAAAUGCUUUAUUAAUAAAGUCGAAGAAAUUCUCAACUUGGACUGUAAUUGCAGUCAUUAUUUGAAUUGCAGCAAUUUAAAUAGAACUGAUUGUUGUCAUAGAUACGAAUAUUUUAAAGAAUUGGAUAUUAACUAUUGUUAUGCUAAAGCUAUGAAAGAAUUGUAUGAUAAGAACAAAAUCAACGAAAUAUUUGGGUUUCCCUAUUUUGAUGAUUUAUCAAAGAUUAGGGCAAUUGAAUUUAGAUUUCAAGCCAAUCAGACGUUUUCUCUAAACUAUAGAGAUAUGAAAAAGAUUAUUAAACCUAUUCAAGAUUCAGUAAAAACCCUUUGUAUUAAACAUUUGAAAUUCUUAGGAGAAUCCUGUUUUGUAACCGCUCGCCUAGAUUUCUAUGAUAUUCAAAAAUCCCUACAGUCGGGAACCUUUCUAGCUGUUGCUGUAUCACUAGCGAUCUCAACAGGAGUUAUGUUAUUAACUUCGCUGAAUGUCCUUAUUACACUCUAUGCAAUGUUUACGGUAGGUUUAUCCAUUUUUGCAACUAUGGCAAUAUUAGUCCUAUUCGGGUGGAAACUAAAUGUAUUAGAGUCAACAACAGUAGCUGUAGCUGUGGGCUUGUCAAUAGACUUUUCCUUGCACUACGGGGUAGCGUAUCGACUCUCUAAUAAUACAAAUAGAGUUGAUAGGGUUCACGACUCAUUUAAAAGAGUAGGUACAGCUGUAUUUAUGGCUGGUGUUACAACUUUUACAACUGGCUUAUGGAUGAUGCCAAGUAAAAUUUUAGCAUACAACCAAAUGGGAGAAUUUCUCAUGACUGUAAUGGUAAUUUCUUGGCUAUUUUCCACUUUUUUUAUGCAAAGUGUAUGUUACUUAUUUGGACCGGAAGGCAAUUUUUUACAAUUACCAUCAUGGUUUGCAAUGUUAGACAUGUGCUCAAAGAAAUUUAAAAGCUGUAUUAACUAUACAAAUUCUUACUUUAUAAUACUGAAAAAAGAGGACAGCAAGGAAUUUGUAGAACAUAUUCCUAAUAGUAAAAAAUCAAGUACAAAAAUAAUUUUUGAAGAUGAUCCUGAUUGUACUGAAAAAAUAUUGGCUAUUGAAGAUAUUAAUUGA